CACAACCGGGACAAUCACGACACGCUGGGGCGAGAGCCCCGUCGUCGUCGCCCCAGUCAAGCCGUCCGACAUUUGAUUUGCUCUCCUAAAAUGGCUGAAGAAACGAUGAGGAGCGAAUGGGUCCUUGACGCAAGAGCCGCCACUUGUAGCGCCCGCAGCUGCCUGCGGGCGGCGCCCCAGCACCGCCGGGCGGCCGUGACUCUGCCGUGGGCGGUGAGCGCGCGCUUGCGUCAUUGAGCGGUUUGUUCGCGGGGGGCGGGGAAGGGGGCGCGGUCUUCUAAGCUCCCCCCACCCCACGCCGUCAGUCCUCCCGCGCGGGCCGAGCCGCGGCACAGAAGGAGCGCUCCCCCGGCCGGGCUCGCGUGGACGUCGACGGGCUGACGCGGUGCGCGCGCGCAGGGAUGCGGGACCUCGGCGUCUUCCUCCUCGCGCUGUUCCCCGCCGCCAUGAUGCUGGACUUUCGUUACCACAGCAACCGCGAGAUGGAGAGUUACCUCCUGCGGGUCAACGCCUCCAACCCGGACAUUGCGCACCUGUACAGCAUCGGGCGCUCCGUCGCAGGUCAACGGCUGUGGGUCUUGGCUUUGGGUCUGAGCCCCCAUCGUCACGCGCUUGGCGUCCCCGAGUUCAAGUACGUGGCCAACAUGCACGGAAACGAGGUUCUGGGCCGCGAGCUGCUUCUGCAGCUCAUUGACGACCUGGUGCAAGGUUACCGUGGCAAUGAGAGCUGGGCCACGCGGAUCCUGAACAGCACGCGUGUCCACUUCCUGCCCACCAUGAACCCUGACGGCUUCGACCAGGCUGACACCAACUGCUACCUCAGCCAAGGAAGGUUCAACCGUAACGGCGUGGACCUGAACAGGAACUUCCCCGAUGCCUUCGCCGGCCCGUGGGGGCAGCGUGACCUCGAGGAUGCCGGCAGAGAGGCCGAGGUCCGGGCCGUGAUGGGCUGGUUGAAGACGGAGACGUUCGUCCUGUCGGCCAACCUGCACGGCGGCGCCCUGGUGGCCAGCUACGCUUACGACAACAGCAACGGCGGCGGCGAGCUGGUGGGGCGGGCCAGCUUGACGCCCGACGACGACGUCUUUGUGCACUUGGCCAAGGUGUACUCGCACAACCACGCCAGCAUGCGCCAGGGGGGGCGCUGUGGAGACCAGGCACCCUUCCGGGAAGGCAUCACCAACGGCUACCAGUGGUACCCGCUCGCAGGCGGCAUGCAGGACUACAACUACGUGUGGGCCGGCUGCCUGGAAGUCACGCUGGAGGUGUCGUGCUGCAAGUUCCCCCCGGCCGGGCAACUUCCUGCCCUGUGGGCGGACAACAGGAAGAGCCUGCUGGCCUUCAUCCGCCAAGCCCACUUGGGGGUCAAAGGGCGUGUGCUGGAUUGCUCGGGAGCGGCGCUGCACAACGCCGUGGUCGAGGUGAGCGGUCGCCGCAACGUGCGUCCCUUCGCCACGGACAAACAUGGAGAAUACUACAGGUUGCUGCUGCCGGGCAACUACACCUUCACUGUGACGUAUCCCGGCUACGAGGUGCUGACGGAGACUUUUUUCGUCCCUUACGGUCCGGAACGAAACUCUGCCCUGACGCACGACUUCCUGUUGCGUCGUGUCACCGUGGCAACGGCCGACGCCGCGCCUUCAUCCGCGCGCUCUCUGUUGUCACCCGCCGUGACAUCGGCGUGGAUGCUGGCAGCCCUCGGGAUGGCGCUGGCGUUCCAGGGCCUGAUCAGCUGAUACGCGAGGUGCGACACAAAAACUACUUGAAGUCUGAAAAACUC